GCAUGCUCAGUGUUUCCCAUCAACUGAUUCACAUCAGCUGCAGCAGCAGCCGCAGCAGCAGCUUCGGAAGUCCACCGGUCCGUCAGCACAUGGAUCCCCAGUGAGGAGAGCGAGCCGCUGGGGCCAGGAGGGUGUUCAAGGUGCGUGGGGUGUGAUGGCGUUGUGUUCCGAGGCCUGUGUCUCUGGCUCAGGAGGAGACUCCUCUGGGAGUGAGACGGGUUCUAGCUGUCUUCAUUUUGGGGUUCGUUCCUAUCUGCACCACUUCUACGAGGAGUGCUCAUCCUCCAUGUGGGAGAGAGACCCUGAGGAUCGGGAGUUCGUCCAGAGCCCGAGGUCAGCCCUGUGGAACUCAGCAGUCUGGAAGGUGUCCUUGGCCCUGGGCCUCCUAAUCCUGACUGCAGGCAUCGCCAGCCUGUCAGUCGGCUACAUCACUCCCCCUAAAAUCGAGUCGUUUGGAGAGGGGGACCUGCUCUUUGUCGACACCCACGCCAUUAGCUUCAACAGGGGGCUGCACCUCAGUGCUGCCGCCGGGAUUGGGCUGUCUUGCCUCGGCUCGGCCCUGGUGGCAAUGGGGGUUGUCGUUUGGAUCCUGCCCAGGGCCAACUUGAAAGAGAGCCUGUUUCACAGACCGGGGGAGGGGGAAGGGAGACGAGAGCUGCGGUCAAAGUGGAAGGGAUUUAGGGAUCCGGGGGAUGUGGUCACUAAGCCUCCAGGUGUAGAAGAGGGGAAGAUACCUGUCACAUUGUCAAAAGUGGAAAAUGUGCAGCCCACUUCUUAAUAAGAUCCCUGGUGAGCAACAUGGCCCCAGGCUUUUGUUGGAGUGAAGGGUUCUUCAUUUACAAGGUCUUGUGGUUGUUUGUUUUUCAACUAUUGUGAAUGUAAAAAAUGUAAUUUUAUCAAACAAAUGGAGGUCGUUUGGAUACCUGGAAAUUAUAUUAAAACAAGAAGUAGACGAGAUACUUCAAACCACAUCAGGCUUCAAAAGCACAGCUUGAUCAGAGAUGUUUAUUUUCGAAAUAAACCCGAAUUAAACAUAUAAAUAUGGUACCAAGACUUCAACCAGAGACCUUGUGGCUCUCUUGUAUUGUAGCUGUCGACUUUGUUUGUGCAGUGCAAUAGUCUUAUAUUUAAAAAGAAUUCUGUACAGUGACUAAUGUCCGCCCAGACUCUGAGAGAGAGCAGAGUCCUAAUGACUAAUGGUAGAAAUCUCUAUUUUUACCCCUUAACUUAAUAACGUUUUUUAUAUUUUUAUUUUUUUCAAUGGCAAGCAGCUCUCCAAGUAGUUAGACAUGUGACACGAUUCAGAACACAUUGCCAUU